AACAUUUUCAAUUGUUGUUUAAUGUGUUAAUGUUAUUAUUUGAUUUAGAUAUUGGGAAACUUCCCCCUUUUAUAAAAAGGCCUCAUAUCAAGCAGGCGGAGAAAUAUACAACACAAUGAAAUGUACAUUACCUGUUAAAACCUGCAAUCGAUGGUGAACGAAUUUGUUUGAGAAUGAACUAAAAUAUCAACAAUAAGCAAAAAACAUAAUGAUUUAUAGUUUGCAAACCAAAACUAUUAACAAGUGAAAUAUGAUUUUUUUUAGCAAAAGAAAUAAGUUUGAGUCGUUGUAUUCUUUGGAAACAAGAACAGGUUGAAUAGGUCGUAUGAAUAAUUAAUUAUAAUUUUGGCAAUUUUUAUUUAAAUAUUCAUGAGGAAAAGUUAUAUCAGGUCAGUGACUGUAUAUGACAUAGAAAUAUACGGUCAACGCAUUUUGACUGCUCAAAUAGAACGAGUGCAGUAUAAUUGUUAUUAUUAUGUCAAGAUAGUUAAUAUAAGCCGAUAUACCUACAAUCAAAUACCAAAGUUGUGAAGAUUAUAAUCUGUGUGGGUCACACAACUAAUUUUAUCUUAAGCUAAGUAUUACGGAUGUAUUUUUACAUCCUUAAGUUUAAUGGCUGUCGUUUUCAAGUCAAUUGUAUUAGAAGCAAUUUUUGUUGUUUCUUCAUUUGCCUGUGUUGAACGUUCUUCUCGCAGAGAAACUGCAGAAUGGCGAGAGCUUUUUCUUGGAAAAUGCUUAUUAUAUAAACAAGACUAUGGGCCAAAGAUAUUGUGUAACAGCUCUAUAGACUGUAGUGAUUUGUGGUCAAAGGUAAAACUGGCAGCAGCAUAUCAACCAAAAUGUAAUUUCUCCAUAAGUGCUUAUGAAGACUUCGUUACAGCGAGUCAGCAUUUUGUACCAGAAAACAAGUUUCUUUUUUGGGAAGGAGUAUAUCCUUUUGUCAUGUGGUACAGUAACAGCGGAAACAAAUAUUACACAAUAUCAGAUACGUUAACAGGUUAUUUAUUUGAUAACAUAGAAUGGUGUGGAAACUCAUCAGAACAUGAUGGAAUAGAAAAGUAUCCGAGCACUUGUCCAGGGUAUGAAUUAGGUCCAGAUUGCCAGAAGUCUGCACAGUCUGUAUUUUGGGAAACAGCAUCUUUAUUUUAUGCAAGACAUGCCUAUGGAGAUGUCCACGUAAUGUUGAAUGCAAGCAUAUCUCCAGCAUUUCCAACAGACUCAUACUUUGGAAAUUAUGAACUUCCAAAUAUAAAUGGUACAAAAGUAAAGAAAGCAACAAUACUAAUGGUUCAUCAUUUGGAUGACCCUGUACUAGAAACAUGUUCAAGUGAAUCAAUUAAGAAUCUGCAGGGGCGUUUUACAGAGAAAGGAAUAUCCCCAUCUUGCAUAGAUAAUCCGAGAGAUGUUCAGAUGUUGAUGUGUUCAGAGAAUUCAUCUAAUUCUAACUGCAGGAUUACAUCUGGUGCAAAUAGGUCGAUGAUGACACCUUAUUUUAUUUUUCAAAUACUUUGUUUUAUAUUAUUGAACAUUUUCGUGUAACAUUUGAGACAUUAAUUGUGGAUUAUAUGGAUUUUUGUUAACUUAAGGUUUACACACAGUAGAAACAUCAUUUAAACGAUCAGGGAAGUUUAAGUUUACAUGUGGGAAAUAAAUACUGAUUUAAAAUAAAAUUCACCUAUUGUUUAUUCUGAUAAAAACGAAAGUUUUCUUGCAUUUUGCGAGACGUCAUGACCAGAACAUGCAGUAUAAUACACUCGUUUCGUCUACAUAAGACUCAGCAAUGGCGCUCUAUCUAAAACAACUAAAAAGCCAAAUCAAUAAAAAUACAAAAGGUUGAGAGAACUGAAAACCGAAAAUUUAAAAUCUAGCUAAAGACCAAACA